AAGUUUUGACUUACAACUUGGCUGUCAACUAGAGAUAAUGAGCUCCAAGUUUAAUACAAUUUAUUGAAAAAAAAGGAAUAAUGAAUAAUUUAAGGGUCGCGCUUGUGUACAGAGAUUAUUUCAUAUAGAGAUACAGAUAUACGUUGUUGGUGUUUCUUGUGUGGACACAAGUUGGCGAAUGUUGCAGGACUCGGCUGGCUCUCAGGGACUUGUGGGCACUCAGGAGAGGGGCGAGGGAGCUGACUAGGUGGCGCCAAAUCUAACGGGGUUUUGAAUAUGCUUGGAUCCGUUUGCUUGAGGUUUCGGUGGUGGACCUUUUUGGGUGAGGCCCAGGAAAAAGAAAGCACAGAAGACAGGAGCUGGGUCUCCUCUACACUAUUCUGCUAACAAUGAAGCAAACCCUGGGUUCCGACUGUAGAAAUGCCGCCGACGGUGUUGUGGCUGCCGUUUUGGGUCGUGCGCGUGGUCUGGUUGUGGUCGAAGUGGUCCGACUGGGUAAAGGUCGUGGCCAAGUGCGCUAAGCAUCAGAUUAUAUUCCUCGUCGCAGGCUUGGAUUGGGUCCCUCGAUCUCUCAUCCUGGAUAGAACAUUGGCCAGCUGUGUCCGAUGGAUUUCAGGCACAUGUUCAACAAUGAGGGUGAAGACUCAGAUGGGGGUAGCUCGGAGGAUUGUUGGGCACAUUAUUGUGGAAGCGACGAUGAUUAUGAUGACGAGGAGAGCCUUGAGGACCGACGAGAUCCCGAACCGAGAAAGAGGUAUGAAGCGGAUGCCGUUUACGACGAGGGGGCUGAUGGUGCCAAAGAUGUGGAAGGUGCAGGUCUCAGCUGGCAAGUCGUCGUGGAAGACUUCUUGGGUAGAGAGUUUGGUACAGAGGAGGAUGCCUAUGCUGCCUACAAGGAAUUUGCCAGAUUCAGGGGUUUUGGUGUUAGGAAGGAAGAUGUCGGGCGUGUUAAUGGGAUUUUGAUAAGAAGAGACUUUUUUUUGCCAUCGACAAGGUACUAGACAUCGUAAGCACUAUGAUCGACCUGAGCGAGUAAGGGAGGAGAGGCCUGAGAUUCGAACAGACUGUAAGGCCAAAUUGAAGAUUUACUACGAUAUGCAACAGAGCGUGUGGAAGGUAAGAACCAUCGUUGACGAACAUAACCAUGAGCUUGCCCCAGCAAUGUUUACAAAUCUCCUUCCUAGUCAUCGAAAGAUGAGCGAAGACGACAAGGCACAGGUGGAUAGUUUCAAGCAGUUUAGGAUUGCAACCUCGAAAAUAAUGGCUUACAUGGCAGGGCAAUCUGGUGGAUAUGGUAUGCUUCGAUUUAUAAAAUGAGAUUUGUACAAUUAUGUUCACGGACAACGGCUUGUGCGAAUAUCGGAUGGGGAUGCAGCAGCCAUUAUCAGUUACUUAGAGGGUAAGGCGAAUGCGGACAUGAUGACCUCGGCAUGCUACACACGGACCCCGGAUAAUCGACUGGGCAGCCUAUUUUGGGUUG